AUGCCGUCCGAGCACUCCCCCCGCAAUGUGCGCUUCUCCAACGGCGAGGAAGACGCACGCGCCGAGCUCAUGAAGUCACCACGAUCCUCCACCAUCGCAGUCCUCGAGUCCAGCAAUUCCCUUUCCUCCGCCGAAUCCCCCAACGAUGAUCCUCACGCCGCCGAACGCCACGACGAACUGCCAGCCCUCUCCGUAUACGACCCGGUCCACGCCGGCUCCAUGACCUCUCUCGUCCAGACGGCCCUCACCAAUGGGACCAGCAGAAGCAUGCGGUCGUCGACGGGGGACCUCAACGGCGGCCAUUACGUUGCCGUCAACGGCAGCUCCCUCAAAUCCAGCAUCAGGCCCGGCGGUCCUGCGAGAACACCUUCGAGCACAUAUGCGCCCCAGAGGCGGCCCCAACCGGCGCCGUCAUUCACCGAGUCGGUCCGCAGCUCUCGCUCACGGCCCCGUCCGAGCGAGCGCUUCCGCCAGCAGGAGAGAGCCUACGUGCAGCGUCUGAGGCAAGACUACGGCGACGGCUAUCCCUUCGACGGCUACACCAACGGCAUGAACCAGGGCGAUUCCGACUCGGAAGGCGAGACGCCCUCGUCCGAAGGGCCCUACGAAGAUCGAUAUGAGCAGGAGACCAUCAUGUUCUACGGCAACGACGACCUGCAACCCACCGACGAGGACGUCAAGGACCCCGCAAACCGUGAGCGACUCGAGUGGUACGGCAUGUUGGAGGCCGUCCUCACCGGCGACGUCGUGCGCCAGGAGAAGAAGCGCUUGAUCGGCUCUGGCGAGCCGGCCGUCGGCGAGUCGGCCCAGAAGAACGAGCUGUGGCUGGGCAUCCGGUCCAAGGUCUGCGGCCGCCACCUUUCUGUCCAGAAGCGAAUGGUCGAAGAGGCACGCGGCGCCCUCGGCCGCACACUCGACGACAUCAUCAACUUCUCCGUCAAGGGCGAGAGCGAGGUCGGAAAGCCACCGCACGAACAGGUCAAAGACAUUGUCGAGAGGAUCGACAAGUGCGAGAGCCUCUAUCCGUCCUGGUCCGCCCUCGUGGCCGAACACAGUUCGGCCAAGUCGCCUCUGUUCGAGGAGGCCUACGAGUCCAUCGUCUCGUGGCACAACACGAACGAACUCAUCGCCAUUGAGCUCGCCAUUCUCAAAAAGUGGGUGGGCAACGAUGACCUGGACUUUUCUCGGACACGCCAGCGCUCUCCCGUCGGCAACGGCAUCCCCGACGAGACCUCGUUCCUCGACCGACUCAUGAAGGAAGACGGCCUCAAGUCGCUCUACGACGAGGACCGCAACGACGACAAGCACAAGGUCGUCCAGAAAGGCAUGCUCGCCGGCAUCUCCACCGUCAUCAACAAGUCGAAGGAGACGCUGAUCCGGAACUUUGCCGCUUUCCAGAAACGCCACCUUCCGCCGUACAUCGAGGAGCUUCUGACCCUCAUCAGCUUCCCGUCCCGCCUCAUCGAGGAGAUCAUCAAGAUGCGACUCGCCUACGCCAAGAAGGUGAAGGAGUCGGCGCAGCAGAACUCGCUGAUGCAGGACCAGAUGAUCUCGCAGUUCCAGACGCUGCUCCAGCUGGCCAUCCGCAUCAAGCUCGAAUACCUGGCCAUCGCCCAGCCAGAACCCGGCUGGGACCUUCCUCCCAUGAUCGAUGACUCGUUUGAUCAGGUCGUCUUGGAUGCCCUGAAAUAUUACUUCAAGAUGCUCAACUGGAAGCUGAGCGGCAACAAGAACACGUUCAAGGAGGCCGAGCUGCUGUUCGCGGAGUGGGGCUUCGGCAACGAGAUCGGAAGCCACCUGCAGGGUGGCAAUGUCGAAGUCGCCGAGCAGUUCAGCUCUCUGACCUUCAAAGCCCUCAACCGACUGAGCAUCACCUUUGAGAGAGAGCUGCAGGUCAAGCCGAGGGAAACCGUGGCCGAGAUGAGCAAGCGAUACAAGCAAUGUCUCGACUCGGUGCGGGUGCGUCAGCGCAUGCUGCAACGGUUCUCGAGAAUGUUGAGCGACAACUACGAGAAUGCGUCCGACUUCAGCAUAGCAUACACACCAGACAAGCUGCGCGAGUUUUACGACAGACUCAUCACGUCUGGCCACGUCCAAGUGUUUACCGACCUGUACGAGCAGGAGGGCAUCUUCAUCAUCGCUUCCUCCUCCCUGGCUGAGCGACAGGAGGACAUCCAGUCGAUACUCGGAUUCACUUCGGCCGACCAGUUCCUCGACGAUGGCAGCGACCCGUAUCUGCUGAUCCUCCGACCGGAAGACCCGCCUCACUGGUUCGGUGAUGUCGUUCCCUUGGCUGUCCGGGAGCGGAACAUUGACCUCAAAAAGGGCCAUGUGCGCCUCGUCGCUGCUGGCACAGAGGCACGUCUGGCCAGUGCGCGGAGAGCGUUCCUCGAGUCUGUCGACAUGCAUGUCGAUCUCGUUGUCGAGUCGCGGUCCAAUCUUCACAAAGUCAACACGAGGUUGAUGGAGAUUCGCCGCGUCGCCUACAAGCUGUCCAACAACUUCAUGGACAGCGUGGAGACGAUUCGCAAGCAGACAGUGGGCAAGGACUGCCAGGAGCUCAUCCAGACAUGCUUCAUCUUCGCGACCGAGUUUGGUCAGCGGUCCCUUCUCUACAUGGACAGCAACAGGAAACAGAUGAACAACCUCAAGCUGACCAAACUCGCGCUGGACUGGGUGUCGUUCAUCUGCGACGACUGCAUCGCGUCCGACCGCAAGACGGACCGCUGGGCCGUGCUUGCCCUGGAAUUCGCCAUGAGCAUGACCAGGGGCCGCUUCAAUUCUCGCGCUGGGCGAAGAACGAUAUCCUACUACGGCAUCGAAGUCCACCGCGAUCGCGUCUACAUCUUCAUGGAGUUCUGCGACGGAGGCUCCCUCGCGAACCUUUUGGAACACGGCCGCAUCGAGGACGAGCAGGUCAUCAUGGUCUACACGCUGCAACUCCUAGAGGGACUUGCGUAUCUCCACGAAAGCGGCAUUGCCCAUCGUGACAUCAAACCGGAAAACAUCCUCCUUGACCACAACGGCAUCAUCAAGUACGUCGAUUUUGGCGCCGCCAAGGUCAUCGCGCGGCAGGGCAAAACACUCAUUCAAGCCAUGGACGAGGCGAAGCCCAACAAGUCCAUGACCGGCACGCCCAUGUACAUGUCUCCCGAGGUCAUCAAGGGUGAAAACCCUGGCCGCGCAGGAGCCGUGGACGUCUGGUCCCUCGGCUGUGUCAUCCUCGAGAUGGCCACCGGCCGGCGCCCCUGGGCCAACCUCGACAACGAGUGGGCCAUCAUGUACAACAUUGCGCAGGGCAACCCCCCUCAGCUGCCUGGCACCGACCAGCUCAGCCCGCAGGGCAUUGAUUUCCUCAAGGGCUGCUUCCUGCAGGAUCCGAAGAAGCGCAUGUCGGCUGUCGAGCUGCUCCAGCACGAGUGGAUAAUGACCAUCCGCAACCAGGUCGUCGAGCCGGCGACACCGAGCGACGGAAGCGUAGCGACGCCCGCGUCCAGCGUUUCGAGGGCCAACACGGGUGACGGCUUCUACUAG